AUGUUGAUUCAAUCGGCCGCAUUCAAUGGCUCUCGAGUAAUCCUACGUCAAGUCUCGCCCGAGUCAGAGACUAUCUACGACUUGAUAUUAUCUGUAUACUCAUCUUCCAAGGGUGAUUGGGCCAAGUUAGCAAGUGAUGUCUCUGUCUCGAAGGAAAAUCUCGACCAUUUCCUGGCGUAUGCUGCUCAGUUUCUAGGCAAUCUAGGGAAUUACAAGGGUUUUGGUGACUCCAAAUUCAUUCCUCGAUGCCCAAAAGACACCAUCAUCGCUCUCGCAUCUGGUGACGAGAAGGCCAAAGCUCUCUCCGAAAAAUGUGUCGACGCCAUCUACGAGGCCAAACCUGGUCUCAUGCAUCUAGGCUUCCCAGAGGAAGGGCAUAUGACAAACUACUACCCUGACUCUCCAGACAUCUCCCAAAGCGAGAUCGAAGAGAUCGACCGUUUCACCGGCGAGAAGGGAUUGUUGCCAGAAAACACAAGAAUCAAGAAACUCAAAGAUGGCAACUUCGAGAUCUUGAUAGCCUCUGGGAUCACCAAUCCGCCACCUCAACAGAUCGACACCAAAGACCACUCCUGGACUCUUCCCAACGGCAGAAAAGUCUCCCUCGUCUUCGGUGAUCAUCAAGAGGAACUCGCCAAAGCCGCCAUCCACAUGAAACUUGCCGCCAAACACGCCGCCAACGACACCGAAAAAGCCAUGCUAGCCGAAUACGCGAAAUCCUACAGUACAGGCUCCCUUCUCGCUUUCAAAGAGAGCCAGAAACUAUGGGUCGACAACGUAGGACCGGCUGUCGAAACCAAUAUAGGAUUUAUCGAGACGUACCGCGACCCAGCGGGCGUCCGGGCGGAGUGGGAAGGACUGGUUGCCAUUGUGAAUAAGGAGCAAACGAGGAAGUUCAAGAGGUUGGUGGAUGCGGCGCCAGAGGCUCUGCCGAAGCUGCCGUGGGGGAAAAACUUCGAGAAGGAUGAGUUCCAGCCGCCUGAUUUCACGAGUUUGGAGGUGUUGAGUUUUCCGAGUAGUGGGAUUCCGGUGGGGAUUAAUAUUCCGAAUUACGACGACAUCCGCCAAACCCACGGCUUCAAAAACGUCUCGCUCGCCAACAUCCUCUCCGCCAAAGCCCCCUCCGAACCCAUCCCCUUCAUCGCCCCCGCCGACCUCGCCCUGUAUACCGCCAACCGCGACACAGCCUUCGAGAUCCAAGUAGGCCUACACGAACUCCUAGGCCACGGCUCAGGCAAACUCCUCCAAGAAACGUCCCCCGGCAACUUCAACUUUGACCGCGCUUCUCCUCCCAUCUCGCCAAUCACCAACAAGCCAGUCGAGACCUGGUACAAGCCCGGAGAAACAUGGUCCUCCGUCUUCGGCGCCGUGUCGAGUUCGUACGAAGAAUGCAGGGCCGAAUGUGUCGCGAUGAGUCUCGCCUGCGAUUUCGACAUCGCGAAGAUCUUCGGCUUGGACACGACGCCCCGUGAUGGCUCUGAUGAUGCGAUGGAUAGUCCGGCAGGCGACGUGCUCUACGCAUCCUACCUAUCCAUGGCGCGCGCCGGGGUAGCGAGUCUUGAGUUCUUCUCCCCCGAAGCCGGGAAGUGGGGCCAAGCGCACAUGCAAGCUCGCUUUUCCAUCCUAAAGGCUUUCCUGGGGGCUGGCGAUGGGUUUUGCGUGCUUGAAACCACGCCCAACCCCAACCCCAGUGGGGCGGGGGCGGGGUUCGACGAUAUCACGAUCAAGCUCGACAAAGCCAAGAUAUUGACUCAUGGGAAGAAAGCGGUGGACGCCUAUCUGCGCAAACUACACACAUACAAGUCCACGGCCGACGUGGUGGCUGGGAAGAAGCUGUAUGAGGAGAUGACGGCGCCGGAGCCGAGGGGGUAUUGGAUUGAGGGCGUGCGGCCGUGCGUGUUGAGGAGGAAGGUUGCUAGGAAGGUUUUUGUUAUGGGGAGUACGAGGUUGAAUGAGGGGAAGGGGAAAGAGGAGGGGGAUGGGGAGGUGGAAUUGGUCGAGUAUGAGGCGAGCGUUGAGGGGAUGAUAAGGAGUUGGGCUGAACGGGGGAUUUGA